UGAAAACUUUUUCUUAUAAAGGAUUGUGUACUAUAAAACAUGGCAGAUGAUGAAAGAUUUUUAAUACAUGAAAGUGAACUAGAGGAUGAGCUAAGUGUACUAUCAGAUGGAUUUGUAACUGCUGACGAAGUAAAUGUAGGGGUUGAGAAGAAACAGAUUGAUAUUGAUGAAUUUCUUAAACAUGGCGGUGAGUGUGGUCGUUAUCAAGUUAUGGUUCAAGGAUUUAUAAUGUUUGCCAUGUUACCCAUGGUAUAUCCUAUUAUGAUUUUUUAUUACAUUGGUUACGACCCACCAUGGAGAUGUUUAUACAACAAUAACAAUAUUACUCGUAGUGUAGACUUUAAUAAAACUUGUAGCGAUUCAUCAAUGGUAUUUCCACAUGAUGAUGGCAGUAGGUGUAACUUGGAUAGAUCUGAAUGGACAUUUGAUUACCAUAAAACCACUUUGGUAACUGAGUUUGACUUAGUUUGCGAUAAAAAUUGGUUGGAUGCAUUAACUGGCUCAAUUGUAUUUGUUGGUUGGGGAAUUGGUAUUAUUAUAAGUGGAUUUUUAUCUGAUCAUUAUGGACGUAAAAGGAUAUUGUACCCAUGUUUAUUCAUGGCCCUACUACUUCUGUUAUUACAUGCAGUUGUAAAAGCAAUAUGGCAACUUCUUGUUAUUCGAUUUUUAAUGGGUAUCUUUUAUUCGGCUCCUGCAUUAAAUGGUUAUGUCUUGGUGGUGGAGUUGAUUGGUCCAAACAAGCGUGUCAUGGCGGCCACCAUUAAUGCCUCCUUGUGGCAAGUAGGUGCAUUAGUAAUGACUUUGAAGGCAAAUUAUAUAGACAGUUGGAGGUUGCUUGUAGUUCUAUGUUCAAUACCAUAUUUAAUUGGAAUUUUCACUAUUUUUUGUGUUCCCGAAUCUGUUCGCUGGUUGAACUUAAAAGGACGAACAAAAGAAGCUGAAGCCAUUUUACGUAAAGCUGCAAAAUACAACAAAAAAAUCUUACCUGCUGUUUCUUUAAAACCUGCUGAGUCAGAAGAAAAACAUGGUAGAAAAGCUUCAUAUAUUGACCUGUUUAAAAGAUGGAAAUUAGCAAAAUCAGUGUUAGCACAAUCCUUUAUAUGGUUUCAAUGUGGUAUGACAUACUAUGGUCUAAGUUGGGCAUUUGCAGAUCUUGGUGGCGAUAUGUAUUCCAACUUUAUUCUGUCUUUUCUCGUUGAGUUGCCUGGAGUAUUUCUUAUCUGGUUGUUAAUGCAGAAAAUUGGCCGAAAAAAGACGUGUAUAUUAAUGUGUUCUGGUACAGCGCUAGCUUGCUUUGGUGUUGCAUGUGUUCCGAAAGUUGAAAAAUUAAAAGCUAUUCGUUUAAUUUUUGGUUUAACAGGAAAGUUUAUGAUUCAUAAUGUCUUCGCUAUCCUGUACAUGUGGUCUUCAGAAAUAUAUCCAACUGUGCUUAGAACACAAGGUAUGGGUAUAAACAUUGUGACCAGCAGAAUAGGUGCUGCAACUUCUCCGUUCAUUAAAGUCUUAGACCAGUUUCAUGUUGCUGCACCAUUUGCAUUGAUGGUUGUCUGUGCUGUGAUUGCCACCUUACUGGCAUUGACACUACCAGAAACUCUAGGAAAACCAACACGCGAAACCUUAGAUGAUAUGAUUGGCGAUAGCAUGAAAAUGCGUGCUUUAUAUUCACUUAAUGAAGAAGUAGAAUUUCGUGAUGAGCGUUCACCAAUCUCAAAUGACAAUCCAGAGGAACAAGAAGAUGAAGUGGAAGAAACAGAUCCGUUGCUAGUACCUCAGAUUCAAAUGCUACCUGCUACAUGAGGAUUCGUUAGAAUUAGUAUUCACUAAAAUUUAGAAGUUUUUAUUAUUUAUUUUAGUAUUGUAUUGGUAUUUAUUUUUAUAUUCGUAUUAAUUUAGUAUUUUUAUUAGCUAUAAACCCUAUUAACACCAGGCUUUUUUUGGUCUCUGCAGCACCAGGGAUAAAGUGUUAGCAGGCCAUAAACCCAGAACUACUUAUGCUUGCGUGAUAAAAAUUGGUAUACUUGUAGAAAGUCUAAUACAAACAGAUUCACACAGGCAAAAAAAUAAUUUAAUGACAUCAUGAGGAUCAGAAAUGACGUCAAAGAUGCCUGAAAUAGGCCAUUUUCAUAAUUUUUACAGUAAAUUUAAAUUUCUUGAGCAUCAAUGUUCUUACCGUAGGGUUGGGGUUGAUUCUUGGUAGGUUUAUUCACUAAGUAGAAACUAAUUGAUUUCAUAUGAACCAAAUUAAUUAUAAUAACUUUCCUGAAAAGUUAUUUUACGAUUACGGUGAAAAUAAUUAUGUUUAUGUCAUUAAACAUGGUAUAUGUUUAGAAGAUGUCAUUUAUAGAUGUUCGAGAUACGGGGAAUAUAAUGACAGUCAUUGGGACACCAGUACCAAUAGUGUUAAGCUUUUUAUUUUUAUUUUUUUACUUAUUUUUAAUUUACACUGACGAGAAUUACAAAUUGUCACAAGAAUUAUUUGGGGCUUUUUUUGUUAAAUUUUUCUGAUGAUAUAUAUUUUAUACAAAAUCAUAUAAUGAUGUAUAACAUAAUUAAGUUUUGGUAUGCAAACUAAUAUUUACAGUUAACACAGUGGAUGUGUUUUGUUAUUAACAUUGUUGUGCAUGGUAUUAUAGAUAGAUCACAUUCACAAGAUAUUUUGCAGUGGUAUAGUUAGUUCUUAUUUAUUGUGUACAGCACAGUCCUGGAAAAUUCUGGAAUAAGCCUAUUUUUUAAAAAAAAUACAGAAUGUCUUAAAUUUAUUAAACAUUUUAACCUCUCACAUACUCACAAAACAUUUUUUUAAACUGAACGAAAUAUAAUAAUAUUUGAUAGACAUUUUGAUUUUGUUGCAGAACAGGAAAAAAAUUCUGACGGUUAGCUUUCAUAUUUAAAUUUUUGUUCAAAUAUUUUAAACUGUUUUAGAAUUUCAAUGAUUAUAUCCUCAAGGUUGUGAGAGUUCGUGAAAUAUUAUAAUGAAGUGUUUUUACUUUUUAUUUCAUGUUAAUAAAUUUUUUCAUGUUAAUUCUUUUUGUCUUUGAAAAUAAUGAUAACGAGAAUAAAGUUUAUAUUUUUUUUUUCUUUCAGAUAUUACAGAUAUUUUUGACCUUAUAAAUUAUGCUUAUUCUUUAUACUAAUUUUUAAUGAAUAUUUUUUUUUAGUUAUCAAUUAAACAUUUAUUUAUUAUAACUAGUUACAAUAAACAAUAAUAACAAUAUGUCACUGUGUUACUAUGUUAUUACAUACUAACAGUGAUUUGAUGAAUCACACUCCUUUUAAAAUACUAAUAAAAUCUGCAAAACCAAAAGUUUGGUAUGGUUUGGUAUCGUGCUAAAAGGAACUUAGUGUACAGUGCCAGAAAUCUUCACAGUAAUUUCAGCUAGCAUAUAUUUUUCAGAAGACAGGAAUGAUACAUUAUUUUGAAAGUAGCUGUUUUGCUGAUCUUUUUGCAAAAAAGAUAUUGAAGGACUUGUUGAAGACAUCAGAUUUCUUAUCUGGGAGUGUAACCAUGGUGAUACUUGUGAUACUUGUUGUUUACAUAAUUACUUCUCUUGCUAAUUGAAACAUGAGUUAAAAAAUUGUUCAA